AUGCCGUCAGCACUUGUUGAGUUGAGACCUAAUAAAAAGCUUCUUGAUCAUGAAUUCGAAGGAUACAAAAUAAAUUUACAGAGUCUAGCUCAAUAUAAUUUGAAACUAACCACUACAGCCGACCGGCUCUAUCCUGAUGAAGUGCAAUACUCGUUCGUACAUGCGAAGUUAUUUGCCUUGCACAAUCACCUCAUAUUUGAUGUAUGGGAUCAUCAAUAUAACUUUUACUAUAUAGAUAAUCAUCAGCAAGUUAUUAAUGUGACAUUUGAUAAUAUAAACAAUUCAUUCCAAACGGCUGUAGUAUAUGAAAUACCACAACAUGUUGAAAGAAAACCUGGCCAUUUUAACCUUUGUUUAACAUUUCCUUCAAUCUAUUUAGCAAUAAUCAGUGAUGGUGCUGGCUUCCUACACAUAGUUGAUACAGGAACAAGAAACAGACCUGCCACUGAUAAACAACCAUGGAACACAAUACAUUCAAGUCUAGCUCUCGGCGAGGGUAAAUAUUUCACUGUUGUUGAUAGUAGAAUGCAAAAAAAGUGUAAUGUUGACAUAUUACAUUGUCUCUUACAAUCAGUUGAACAGAAUGAUAAUCAUUUUGAUACGGUUUUGAGCUGGCUUUCAUUUGAAUUCAUUGAAAAUAAAUGGCAACAGUUUGCAAAGAGGGUGGUGAAAGGCAAGGGUAUAGUGCACUAUGCUGCAUUUGAAACCCAAUGUCAUGCUUUAUAUGUAGCAUCUGACAAUAUGUUUAAAUUUACUUUUGAUACUGUAAAAAAUAUAUUACCACCACAACAACCAGAACAGAAACCAAUAAUAUACACAUGGUUACAGACAGCUGACGAUAUCACCGUUACAUUGAAAUUGGAAGACAAUUUUGACAAAAAGUUGCUCUUUGUAAAUGUAACACCAUUAUCAAUUAAAAUAUGUUAUGCAGGAAAAGAGUUUGUGAGUGGUAAAUUGAAAAAUAAAGUUGAUAGCGAAUUAACAACUUGGAAUAUACAGGAGAAUGGUCAAGUGGAUAUUUUGAUAACAAAGUCUGAUAGUGACAUGUGGAAUGAACUUAUUGAAGGAGGGGAUCAAAAUGGUAAAGAAAUAUUGGACCCAUCACUUGUUAAAGAAAUCCACCAGAGAUUGGCUCACUUAUGUUCAGAAACAGAGGUUAUGUCCGAUCAGCCUUUAACAAGCCUCACAUCCCAGGAGUUAGAGGAAUGUGAUGCUGCCUCUGAGGAGGACACAGUCUUAGCACGGUUAGAUGCAACAAACCAUGAAAUAACCCACAGGAUACCCCUCAGUGUGCAUCAUUAUUUAUUCAGCCUUAAGUUAGAGACACAUGAAGCACCAGCUCUGGUCUUAAGACAUGAUGUUGAUGCAUGUGUGUGGCAGCCCUUCACACAACCUUUCAACUCUGACUCCUGGCCAAUCAAACACUACGGUACUCUUAUGGCCUUUGGAUAUGUGCAGUCUUCAAAGACAAAUCGUAAAUUUAUUACAUGUCCACCGAACUUCUCAUACAGUGUUGUAUGUGAGGCCAAGAAACACAUAUUCAUAUAUAAAUGUGCAGCACAAGAGACACAGUUGAGACGCAGGACAGCUGGAGUCAUGAAGACUGUUAAAGUGGGACAACAACAUGUCAUUAAUAUUGACAUGUUUGGAGAGGUUUUAGGAGUACACGCUACAAAUGAAUACUUGUUUAUCUUAACAGAGAAAAAUCUUUUAGCAAUAUGUAUUUAA